GGCUGGGCCGUUAGCUGCAGGGGGUGGGCGGGUGGGUGUCUGUCAUCGCUACGGCGGCCGCCCUGAGCCAAACGCCUCGUUCCGCGAAGCUGCCGGGGGCCAGCAUGGAGGCCGGGAGGCGCACGGAGGCCGGGGACUGCGCGGGGGCCGGGCCCGUGUUCACGCUGGAGGAGGUGGCGAAGCGGAACUCCAGCCGCGAGGCCUGGCUCGUGAUCCACGGGCGCGUCUACGAUGUCACCCGCUUCCUGGAGGAGCAUCCAGGUGGAGAAGAGGUUUUGCUCGAACAAGCUGGUAGAGAUGCCACGGAGAGCUUCGAAGAUGUUGGGCAUUCCUCAGAUGCCAGGGAAAUGCUCAAGCAGUACUACAUAGGGGAGAUCCACCCGCACGAUCGUAAAAAAGAAGGUUCCAAGAAUCCAAGUAUGACAUCCUCAGGCCAAUCAAGUUUCUGGUCAACAUGGCUAAUCCCAGUCUUCGGAGCACUGGUCUUAGGUUUAAUGUAUCGCUAUUACAUGUCGGAUGGGAGAACCUCUUGAACUGACCUUGCUGGGACCUCAGAAAGCCUGAAGAGGAGGGUGUGAGAGAGAAUGCACACAUGCAACACAUGGAGUUCUGCUCCUCUUAACCUUUUUCCUGCCUUGCUUUUAGCUUUGUCUGUCAAGUGAUGUUGAGAUCCAUGGGACCAAGCUAAUCCCACCCUAUCCUAACUCUGGGAGCUGCUGUACUUUCCUCCUGUGGUGGCAGGGCAAGUGCAGCUUCCUGGUAUUCUCUCAUCUGUGUGUGGUCUCCUCGUGUGUGCGUGCUUGUGCGCUCUCUCUCGUGCUCUCUCUUGGUCUCUGAAGUAAACCACAGACAACAUUUUUAUUUCAAUGCCUUUUUGUUAAGCCAGACGACAUGAGACAGCUGCCAGUGAGCCUGUGGAUUGCCUCAGUCCUUCACAUAGCAUCGUCAGACAUAAACUGCAAGUUGUCCAGAAGAGAUGGCCGGAGAUCCGGUUCCACAGUACCUAUCCCAGUGCAUGCAGGCAACACUUAACUGGAGCAGCAGGAAGUCGUUAGCUUUGCUAGCUCUUUCUGUACGUGUCGUUUUUAACGGUUGAACAAAUACAAGUAUUUUAAAAGCAA